AGCGCGCCCAGAGUUUACAUAGGAACACAACAGAAUCUGAAAGCUCAGAGCAAAGUUCUGUUCAUCAACAUAUCUUUCUUCCACUGUUAAAUUCUGUUUCUUCAAUCUCCGUUUCACACACGCUCUCUCUCUCUUUCUUGUUCUUCUUCUUUGCCCGUUUCGUGGUUUCCGAUAAUCAUUUCCCUAGCCGAGGUUUGAUGUCUGUGCCACAGGAGCAGGACUAUGUGGGCUUGACAGAGCUUCCUUCAAUGGAAAAAGGCUCAGACAAGUUUUCUCAGAGAAGCAAUAGUGGCUUGAACCUCAAGGCCACUGAGCUACGACUCGGACUGCCUGGGUCCGAGUCACCGGAGAGGGAUGGUGCCGGCGCCGGAAAGAGUGCAGCGGUCUGUGGGGCCAAGAGGGGUUUCUCAGACACCAUUAAUGGUGGUUCUGGAAAGUGGGCUAUGUCAGGGAAUGGAGGAUCUGAGGCAGGUUUGGGUAAAGAUGGUGGCUUGUUUUCUCCUCGAGGUGGCACUAACCCACAAACAUGUUUAGGUGCUUCCCUUGCCAAAGAUGGCAUCCCAAGCUCACCAAAGCCAUUGUUGCAUGAGAAGAAGCCCCAGAUAUCUGCUGUUCCUCAGAAGGAACAAGUUGUGGGAUGGCCACCAAUCAGAUCUUUCAGGAAGAACUCGAUGGCCUCUAAUCCUCAAAAGAACGAUGAUGAUGCAGAAGCCAAGUCUGGAUGUCUUUAUGUAAAAGUAAGCAUGGAUGGUGCCCCCUACUUGAGGAAAGUGGAUCUCAAAAACUUUGGCAGUUACCAGCAACUUUCUUCAGCACUUGAAAAGAUGUUCAGAUGUUUUACAAUCAGUCAAUGUGGAUCUCACGGAAUUUCAAGUCAUGAUAAUUUGAGUGAAAGUAGGUUGAAGGAUCUGCUUCAUGGCUCAGAAUAUGUGCUUACCUAUGAAGACAAGGAUGGUGAUUGGAUGCUAGUUGGUGAUGUGCCUUGGGAGAUGUUCACUGCCUCUUGCAAGAGAUUGAGGAUCAUGAAGAGUUCUGAAGCGAUUGGCCUAGCACCAAGAGCAAUGGAAAAGUGCAAAAGCCGAAACUAGGGCAUGCUGCAACUGAUACACAUAUUUGAGCACAUAUACACAAGAGGUGGCUUUCUUCCUUGUUUAUGUAAAAUUACCGUCCUAGUAAUGAGAAAUUUGAGUGUACUACUAGACUUGUUAGUGGACAAGACAUGAUGUAGAGGGGUUUGAGGUUUCUAACGUUUGUUGAAUCUUCCUUCUCUCUGACUUCUUAAGGCUAAAGGGUUUAUGUUUGUAUGUAAAUUUCAUAUUUGAUUCAGUAACUUGUUGUCUCCCUGCUUACUCCUGUAAAAGCAAAUAGUGUAUGUAUGUAAGUGAGCAUUUUGUUAUCUAUAGAAUGAACAGAAGAUCAA